GCGCGGAUAGCGAGAAGAGACCAACUCACGCGGACGUACAGCUGCUCCUGCUGCCGCCAUGUUGCUGCAACCCACGCCGUCCACAGCCGCCGCGGGCGACGGCGGCGCAGCGCCCCACCGGCAGCCGCCACGGCCGGCGGACGUCCCGGACUACGCGGCGCCGUCGCUGGCCACGACGGAAGGCCGCCUGCGGACCUUCAGGCACGGCGACUGGCCCGUCAGCUUCCUGGCCGCCGAAGAGGUGGCGGCCGCCGGAUUCUACUUCCUGCGCCGUGGCGACGACGCGGUGAAGUGCUUCUACUGCGACGUCGUCGUCAACAAGUGGGAACCCAGCGACGACCCGUUGGCGGAGCACCGCAGGUGGUCGCCCCGGUGCCCGUUCCUGAACCCGUCGCGGCGCGGCUGCGCCGACGCCGUCUCCUACGACUCGUGCAGCCCGUUCGGGCCGCCAGCGGCGCUGCAGUCGCGGCCGCAGCCGAAACCGACGCCGGUGCACGCGAAGCGCCCCGCCUUUCCGCAGUAUUGUGGGCGCGAGGCGAGGCUGGCUUCGUUCAAGGACUGGCCGCCCGCCAUCCCCGUGAAGCCCGCGGCGCUCAGCGAGGCGGGCUUCUUCUACUCGGGCAGCGGCGACCGCACCAUCUGCUACUACUGUGGCAGGGGGCUGCGCGACUGGGACGCCAACGACGACCCCUGGGUGGAGCACGAGCUCUGGUUCCCCGGCUGCUGGCACGUGUCGCUGCACCGCGGCAACGACUUCGUCAACGAGAUUGCUCGGAAUAGGGACGACUUAAUCGCCGCCAAAACGGAUCCCCACCAAACUGCGACCGUCGUGCGGGCCGAAAGCUCCAAGUCGCAACCGCGACAAGAGACACCGGACAGCCGAGUCGAGAAGACGGAAAACGGUGCCACCGAAGAGAAGCGUCUCUGCAAAAUAUGCUUCGAAAAGGAAAUGGGCGUCGUAUUCCUGCCCUGUGGGCACAUCGUGGCCUGCGUCGACUGCGCCUUGUCAGUUGCAGAUUGUCCCGUCUGCCGCCAACCCUUCCAGAACACGGCCAGAGUCUACUUAUCGUGAUGGACCCCGGUACGAGUAGAAAAAAGCACUGAGACCCAUGACAGCUGGGUCUCAGCUUACCAGCCCGCCAGAUAUCGACCGAGAGUCGACUGCUGGCGUCUACACAUCGACUACUGUCUCGCAGUGGGUGGAACCGAAGCGAGAAGCCGAGUAUCUCCAGUAAGAACGGGAGCAACGAGACCUACAAUAUCGCGGUCUCACCUUACCGAUCAGCCAGAUAUCGACCCAGAGUCAACGGCUGGCGUCCACACAUUAACUCCGUCUCACAGUGUGUGACAACGAGGCUGCUCCGAGGCGCCAACUGCUGCAAAGUAGAAGGGUCAGAGUGAAAACAUCUUCAGACACCUACGGGUUGUUCUAUAAUCGUUUAUUUCUCACACUUAAUACAUUUCGGACCAAAAUCAUUUUCAGCAGUUUUUGUGAUAAAAUAAAUGUAAGAGAACCUUCAUUAACCUGGUUAUCUCAACUUACAAGAAGUUGUGAGCUGAUCAAAUGAAAUUAUGUCGUUCUGUUUUCGUUCAUCUUCUAGUUCCUCGCCUUGAGAAAGGUGUGACAUGCAGAACGACAGAAGAAACCUAGCUUUUCAUUUCCGCUCCAUUUUCCCAUAUAUGUGUAUAUAACUUCGAGCCCAUCCUUUGAUAACCACAGUUGUUGAAAAUAUACUUUGCCCAAACACUUCUUCAGUGUGAGAAAUAAAAGCUUAUAAUGCAGCCACAUGUGGUGUCGUGCAAAUAUUUUCUAAUAGCUAUGAGGCACGAGCUUUACGAAAAUAAGAAGCAGGUUCUCUACAGUGAGAAGAAAGGUUUUUUAUUACACCUUUUUAUGCUGUAGGGCGCCAUCUACCGGCCUUCUAACAGUUUCAUCUGCAGCCUGAUAGACAUCUUGAAAUGGCAGAUAUCUUUGAGAUUCUGUACAGCAUUUCGACUUGUAAUUAGAAACUAGCAAAAAUCGCCUCGCCUUAUGAAAAUUCUGACAGGUAGAAUCACAAAAGAGCUGUUGUACUUGGUGUCUAUUGAACUGCAGAUAUGAAGAAAAUGCUCCAAGGCUGCACAAUUUGUGCCACAGAAAUUCACGCUUUUACAUUUUUAUAGUUCUUUACCAUUCACAUUGAUAUCCAUUCUUCUUCUUCUUCCUCUUCUCCUUCUUAUUUGAUGUUCCCCUUCCAUUUGAUACCCUUAACUUCAUUGCCUUCAGGGAAUAUUUUAAAAAUAUCUGUUACAUGUUUCCUGUUGCUAUUUCCCUUAUGUAAUGCAAAAGAAAUAUUGCGAUUUUACUUCUAAAGAACUGAUUUCCUUCUUUUUUUUACUUUUCCAGUCAUUAUCGGUCAUACAAGCAGAAAAAGACCACAAACACAGCUUAUAAACAUACAAAAAAAUCAAUAAAACUGUUUGAUUGCUGAAAACACUCUUCAUGUAAAACAUAAACUCUGUCCAUAGGCCUUAGUGGGCCUAUCAGUACAGAGUAAACAGCAUGUUACCCUCCCUAAUCACGUCACUGGAUGCAAUGUAGAGGGUCGUGGGAUCAGUAUACUGCUUACCCGACUGCUGUCAGUUUUUGUGACCUGGAGCCACUACUACACAGUCAAGAAGCUCCUCAAUUGGCAUCACCAGGCUGAGGGCCCCUGUUUGAGUCCUUCCGCCAAGGAAAUUCCUAGGCAUUACAGGGAAUCGAACCCGGGUUCUUUGCAUGGCAGUUGACUGCACUGACUCCUCAAUUAUAGUGGUGGACGUAUGCAGUACUGUCCCUACAAUCAUUCAUCUUGUCUGAAACACUGCUUUACAUGCAUUUAGAGUUCCUGUCGUUACAGUUUCUAGCAUUCCUUACAUUAGCAUAGUGGGUACACUUUCCACUUCAUAAUUUACAGCAGAAGUACCCACGUCUUCUUAGGAUAUCACUAUUUUUUGACAGAUGAGAGCAAAGCAUUUUGUGUACUACUGAAACGAAAUGAUAUGUUGAAGCUCAGUAAACAGUGAUCUUCUGCAGUGCAAAUUGUAAGCUUUGACUAGCUAAAUUAAGUAUACCUCCAGUUACCUUAAUAACAAGAAACAUUUAGGUUCAUGAUUUUUUAGUUAUAUAUUGAUUUGGUGCUAGAUAAAAUAAAAUCAUAUUCAUAACUUGAAAUGCAAACAUGUCAAUAUUCUAUGAUAUUUUAUCAGGACAUGAAGCAACUUUCAGGGCAUUAAGCAUUGUUUCCUUGUAGGAAGACUGAUAAUUCAUUAAGAUUCUAAUGCAAUCAAUUUUUAUCUGAACAUGCAUUUAAAAAUCGAAGACCAAUUUGGAAUCUAACAGAUUACUGGUAAAUAUGCAAAAGUAAAUGAUAAAUCAACAGUAAAAAAUUAUAUUUGUGUCUUAUUGGUCAUUUGAAUAUUGUACCUGAAAUGCAUAUAUUAAACAUAUUUUUACGUAAUUCUCAAAA